AUGGUCGCAGCAGGCAAAAUAAAAAAGGGCAAAAGUCGUGCAAAACUAGUCCAGUCUAGAACUGACGUAGGAUCUGAUCAGGAUGCAGAUGAAAAAUCUAUAUGUGCACUUCAAACAAUAUCGGCUGACUCACAAGCUGUAAGAAUAAAUGCCACAUUUGAUACUGAGGAUAACCUUGUGCAACUCGAGUUUAUCAAAAACAAAUAUAUUAUACCACGGCAAUUAUGGAAAAUUAUAGCUUUAAUAAUUAAGUUUUAUCCCUACCUUACUAAAGUUUCUUUAGACAGCGGCUUUGAUCAGUUUGCUAUUUAUGAAAUUCAUAAAAUGCUACCGUUCUCUCGUAUUACUCAAAUAGAUUUAUGUAAUUCGUAUGUCCCUCAAGCAAACUAUUACAUUCUGCUUGAUAAUGAAACAAACCUCCAACAUCUUUCACUUUCACGAUGUCGACUAGAUGAUGAUGCGUUUGAAAUGAUUACAUUGAGACUUGUUUUUCCUUUGCCAGCUUCAAAUAAAUUGAGAAGCUUGAAUUUGUCCUCUAAUUCUAUAACUGAUAAGGGUAUUACUUCACUUGCAAAUGCGUUGCGUUCUAACAGAAAGCUGUGCUACCUCAAUCUUUCUGACAAUCGUAUAAGUGAUAAUGGUGCUCAAUUAAUAUUUAAAACUCUUCUGGAGUUUCCGAUAACUAGCGAAGAAAUUGUAGGUGUAAAGUCACGACAUUUGGCGUUCUUAAAAAAGAAGGAUGAGAUGAUAAAGAAACUCUUAAUAGAUUUGAAAAUAAGUGAUCUUGAUAAGAAAAAAAAGAAAGCAUCGAAGCCAACAGUAGUUCCAAGCUCAGCUAAAAAAAAGUUGGACAAAGAAUCAUCAUUAAAAUGUAUGAUUGAUACUUUUACCAAUUUGAAUCUAGAAUCGGCUUUAUACGAGAAAGCUGUCAAUAUUGCGAACAGUGAAAUGAGCGAGUUUACUGAUCCAUAUAGUUCCGAUAACACAUAUUUGAAUGAUGGCGUCACUUAUUGUAGAGGAAAUAACGAAUUGUGCUAUUUAAAUUUAUCGUAUAAUAAUUUGAGUAAUUUGUCAAUGAAAAUCCUGUUAAAGGUUCUUAUCUACCAAGAUAUGAUACAAAGGACGCCCAAAGGGUUGAUAAAUGUGAUAGUAGAAGGUAAUCCGAUUCCCGUUCCCUGUGAAGAGUUACAAAGUAUUGAUGACAUGAUUUCAAUUGGAUUUAAUUCACGGAGAAAGAUGUCCGUUUCGAAGAGACGUUAUUCCAAAAUAUUAAAAUAGAUUUUUUAAAAUAUUACUCCUGGAAACUGUUUGCAACUGUAAACUAUGUUGGAAUUAUUAUUAAAAGUACUCUAUCCCUACACAAAAUGGAUUAUAGGUACCCAACAUAAUUCACUACUUAUCCUAAUAUUAUAUAAUAAGUAAG